UAAAGUUGAGUCAACAGCUUCUGCAGGAUAUGACAGCAACACGAUCUCUUAUUUCCAGGGCACGUGGUUUCAGGAAGACCCUCAUACCAAGCAAAACACACGCCCUGCCCGGUGUAUGAGGCAGGUACUGCUGGCACACACACACACACACACACCUGUGGCGGUGCUCGAGGAAGUGUGUGAGGGUAGUUAAAACCAGCUCUGCAUUUGCGUCAGCCGUAAGAAAACUUAUUUCGAGAGUACACUUUGUUCCCGGGCUGUUAGCAUUACUGGAUACAGUCUGAAGAAGAGUCUGGAGAGGAGUCCGAGAGCAGGAAAGGGCGGGAAGUGACAUAAUAUAGCAGAAGUGCAGCAUGGCUCCACAUCCUGUCACUCAGGCUGUCAUUGAUCUGUCAGCUGGAGCAUGUGGAGGGAUUGCGUGUGUGAUCAGCGGGCAGCCGUUUGACACCGCCAAGGUGAAGAUGCAGACAUUCCCCGGCCUGUACAGAGGCUUUGUGCACUGCUUCGUCUCCGUGUAUAAACAGGUUGGCCUGCGAGGGCUUUAUCAGGGCACCACACCCGCCCUCAUAGCCAACAUCGCGGAGAACGCGGUGCUGUUCAUGAGCUACGGCUUCUGCCAGAAUGUGGUGCGCUUUCUUUCAGGACUGGACCGGAACACUGAACUCAGUGAUGUUCAGAAGGCCUGCUCUGGCUCUGUGGCCUCUGUCUUCUCCUCUCUGGCUUUGUGUCCCACUGAACUGGUCAAAUGUCGACUGCAGGCCAUGCAUGAAAUGGAGGCGUCCGGCAAGAUCGCCAGUGGACAGAAAAGCACGGUGUGGUCUGUUGUGAGAAAUGUGCUGCGGACAAACGGUCCUCUGGGUUUCUAUCAGGGCCUCACCACCACUAUUGUCCGCGAGCUGCCUGGAUAUUUCUGUUUCUUUGGAGGAUAUGAACUCAGCCGCUCCAUAUUUGCCCACCACAUGGACACAGACAAAGAGCACAUCGGUGUCGUGCCGCUAAUGUUCAGUGGUGGUUUCGGCGGUGCGUGUCUCUGGUUGGUUGUGUAUCCUAUAGACUGUGUGAAGUCUCGCAUUCAGGUUCUGUCUCUAGCAGGGAAACAGGAAGGCUUCAUCAAGACUCUUACGGGGAUUUUACGAAAUGAAGGAGUGGCACCUCUGUAUUCAGGUUUGACUCCUACUAUGAUCCGAACAUUUCCUGCUAAUGGAGCUCUCUUUCUGGCUUAUGAAGUCAGUCGCAAGUUCAUGAUGAAGCAGUUUGAUCACUGAGUCCAUUUCAGUUUUUAUAGUGUUCCUGACUUGUUUUUUUAAUUUCCAUCCUGUGUCUUUUACUGAAUUAUUCAAAAUAUAUGCACAAUGAUGCAGCUUGAAUAUUUUAUAUGUGAGAAAUAAUAAGGCAGAGCACUACAGGUGAAUCGAGUAAAAUAAUAUUAAUUACACGGCAAAAUAUAUAUAUUUUCA